AGUCGUAUUGUCGCAGGUCGCUACUUAUGCUAUAAGGAUUUAUGCCAGCAAGGUUGAGAUAUAGCUGUAAAGGUAUUAGUUAAGAAAAUAGAUAACGUAUGUAGUACCUAAGGUGUGACAGAGCCGUCAAUAAACUAAGUGAAAAUCUCGGGAGACUAGGAUUCAAAUUCCAACAGAGACAAUUUUUUUAAGGUGAUUUUUCCCUAGCCACCUAGACUUUGGUGGUAGAGUUACUCAGUACACGACUACAUGUGUUGAUGGAAGAUAGAAGCUACCUGAUGGAAUAGUCGAGGUACACGCCAACUGAUAUUAAUACCAUCAUUAUUUAAAAGGAAAUGCCUUUGUUGGAGGUAAAGACUUGGUUGAUACAGACAUAUGAAUAAACUAAAGAAGACUUGCAGAUCUUGAGGACUCUAGCAAUGUGAACAAAAGCUUCUACAGAGGAAACUUUGAUGGAAUUUCGUGCCGGUAAAAUGAUCAUAGAGGGGAAAAAAGUUAUCCCUGAUUCACGGAAAGGACUUGUUCGUAUAGGCAGGGGUGAAGAGGGACUACUCCAUUUUCAGUGGCUUGACCGUAAUCUCAACAUUGUCGAAGAUGAUCAGAUUGUUUUCCCAGAGGAGGCAGUUUUUGAGAAGGUCAAUCAAUCAUCUGGAAGGGUCUACAUCUUGAAGUUCUGUACCGACGAUAGAAAGUUUUUCUUUUGGAUACAGGAGCCAGCAGCUGACAAUGAUGCACAGAUAUGUAGCUCAGUCAACUUCCACUUGAAUCAACCACUUGAGUUCCCUGGUGAAGAUGAGCCUGAAGCUUCAGCUCCAUUACCAAAUUCUGAAGAUAUGGUAGAGGAAGAUAUUUCAUCGAGGGCGGGAAAUUUGGUUAGUGCAAGCAUGAAUACUGAAGCAAGUAGUGAUGUAACGUCUUCGGGUCCUGUAAAGUUGGCUGAUCUUCAAAGAAUAUUGAGUAACAUAGGAUCCACAGAUGAGGCUGUAGAUCCUGAUGCAGGAUUGGGAUUGGGAGAUAUUUUGAGGCCUGAGCUCAUAUUACCACUGAUUGAAGAAAUACCACUAGAAGGAGAACUAGCUUCAUACUUGCCUGAGGGCCAUUGGACACCACAUGAAUUAUUGGAGUUGCUGCAGAGUCCCCCAUUCCGCCAGCAACUAGACUCGUUUACUUAUGUUCUUCGAACUGGACAAAUAGAUCUGGCUCAGUUUGGAAUUGAUCCCAGUCAAUAUAAGUUAACGGUCCCAUCUUUUCUCGAGGCACUGGAAGAUUCUGUUUCCGGUGCAUCAGGAUCCAACGAGUCAAGGCAGGAUGAGAAGGAUGUAAGAUCUCAAACGUGUAACAGAAGUGAUCCCAUGGAUGAAGGCCAUUAAGAUACGAGUCCAAAUCAAUACGAGAUGCUCUUACGGAGUUCUCACAAUGUUGAUUCCCCUUGUUUAUUUUUAGAGAAAAAGAAUUGAUUUCCGGAUUAUGUGAACAUUGUUGUUGACUAGCACUGUAAAGAAUGAAUGAUUCAGGGUGAAAUUUCUUUCAUUCCUUGCCUCGUUUUAUGCAGACAAAGUUUACGGCAAAUUGUGUCCAACUUAUCAUUGCAGCUGUUCAGGUGAUAGACAUUCAAAUUAUUCAAUUAUAUGGGACCGUGUAUGAUGUUUCGCCAUCAACAUUAAAGGUUCUAUUGCAUAAA